CCUAAAUAUAAAUUGAGAGGAUCAAACCUAACAAUACUCGCCGCCGCAGAUAACAAAUACAAAAGCCUCUCAACUCUCUUGGUUUUACCAUUUGUUCAGAUUCAGAUAAGAUGGGUGAAGUUGUAGAAGCAGUACCAAAGUCGGUGGUGGACGAGGCAUGCUCAAAUGCGAAGGUAUCUGUGUGGUGGUUUUUAAAUAACUGGGAUGCUUACGAUGAAUCUAAUGCUCUUGAUAUAAAAGACAAUAUCUAUUCAGCACUAGCUGAGAAGAAAUGCAACGGUCCCGUUUCCAUCUUUUGCUUCGGGGACACAACUUUAAUUCCUUAUACUGUAUGGCGUUCUCUCUACUGCACCGGAAUUCCCAUCAGCCAUGUUCCUGCCGUUAUGGAAGACACAAUUUAUCUGAAGAUCGUUGUUGACAUGAUGCUCUGGGCAACUGCAAACCCUCCACCUGCAAAUUACUUAUUGAUUUUGGGUGAUGCCCCAAUUUCUUUUGUCACCCAGCUUGUCGCCCCUCUUCUCCAAAAGAGGGGUUAUAAUAUUUAUGUUUCACCAACCCAAAAUCUAUCUGAACCACUCCUACUUGAACAACUUGCUCCCUCAGACACAGAUUCUGAAUUUCAUGCUGGAAAUUAAACUGCAGAAAGGGGAUUACUACCACAGGCAGUAGUGUUAAUCUCUAGUAUUUAAGUAUCAUAAGUAUUUCUUUCUUUGUUACUGCAAAGCCUUCUGUUUGUCAAAACAUUGUUAUUAUAUGUUUCCUCUAUUUAUGGUUUACCAUUUUCUUUA